AUGGAAAAAAAAGAAAGUGCUCCCGAUACUACAGGCCACAAAUAUAUAUUUAAGGUUCGCGGCGAAUCAUAUCCACCCCUUCGUCGAACCCAUCGUCGUAAAUUUAGUUCUGACGAAGAUUUGCGCAAAAAAUGCAAUGAACACGAUGAAUACGACCAAUAUAUCGAAUUUUUGGAAGCGAAAUUAAAUGAUUUAGAAUAUGUAAUUAAGGAACUUGUCAAUAAUCAAGUUGACAUUUCUUUGGAAUCUGGCAGUGUAUUUGAUUUUUCGCAAAUUGUCAGUAUGAAACCAUUAUAUUUUUCAAAUGGAAUUGUCAAAUAUCAAUACUAA